AUGAUGGCACGUCGGGACCCCAAAUCUUGGGCCAAGAGACUGGUGAGAGCCCAGACCCUCCAGAAGCAGCGGAGGGCCCCAGUUGGGCCAAGGGCUCCCCCGCCCGAUGAAGAAGAUCCCAGGCUCAAGUGCAAAAACUGCGGGGCCUUUGGCCACACGGCCAGAAGUACCAGGUGCCCCAUGAAGUGCUGGAAGGCAGCCCUGGUUCCAGCGACCUUGGGGAAAAAGGAAGGGAAGGAAAACCUGAAACCAUGGAAGCCCCAGGUUGAAGCCAACCCGGGGCCCUUGAACAAGGAUAAGGGAGAGAAGGAAGAGAGACCAAGGCAACAAGACCCGCAGAGGAAGGCUCUCCUCCACAUAUUUUCUGGGAAACCUCCAGAGAAGCCGCUGCCGAAUCGAAAAGGAUCCACGGAAUCUUCUGAUUAUCUGAGGGUUGCAAGCGGGCCAAUGCCGGUCCACACAACCAGUAAGAGGCCGCGCCUGGGCCCUGUCCUCGCUGAUCGCUCAGCUACCGAAACGUCUGACAGGGGCUCCGUCUUGGCUUCGCCGUCUCCCCUCAGAAAAGCCAGUCUGAGCUCCUCCUCAAGUCUUGGACCAAAGGAAAGACAGACAGGGGCUGCGGCCGACAUCCCUCAGCCUGCAGUCAGGCAGCAGGGCCCCGAGCCUCUCCUCGUGGUGAAGCCGACACACAGCAGCCCUGAGGGUGGCUGCCGAGAAGUUCCCCAGGCUGCCUCCAAAACCCACGGCCUGCUCCAGGCCAUCAGACCCCAGGCACAGGACAAACGUCCUGCGGUGACCUCACAGCCCUGCCCGCCAGCCGCCACACACAGCUUGGGCCUAGGCUCCAAUCUCAGCUUCGGGCCAGGAGCCAAGAGACCUGCCCAGGCUCGGAUUCAGGCUUGCCUGAACUUCCCCAAGAAACCGAGACUGGGUCCCUUCCAGAUCCCCGAAAGCGCCAUCCAGGGAGGUGAGCUGGGGGCCCCGGAGAAUCUCCAACCUCCGCCAGCCGCAACCGAACUUGGACCAAGUACGUCGCCCCAGAUGGGCAGGAGGACACCCGCCCAGGUGCCCAGCGUCGACCGGCAGCCUCCGCACAGCAGACCUUGCCUGCCUACUGCCCAGGCCUGCACCAUGUCCCAUCACCCAGCGGCCAGCCAUGAUGGGGCCCAGCCUCUCACAGUGCUCUUCCGGAGACUGGAAAACGGACGCUGGAGCUCCAGCCUCCUGGCGGCCCCCUCAUUUCACUCUCCUGAGAAGCCGGGAGCCUUCCUCGCUCAGAGCCCUCAUGUGUCAGAGAAGUCUGAGGGUCCCCGUGUUCGUGUCCCACCGAGCGUCCUCUAUGAGGACCUUCAGGUUUCCUCCUCCUCAGAGGACAGCGAUUCUGACCUGGAGUGA